AUGGUACACGGGCAUACGCACACCCAUGACCGCCCUCUAGAGGCUCGUGACCUAGAGGAGCGGGGUCACGAUAACAACAACAAGGAUGAUAGCAAUGUUGUGGUUGUCUAUACCACCCUCGAUGCGACUUUUACUGGUGAUGUUGGUGGUUAUUCCACUGAAAAUGCCGACACUACGACGAGCAAAAAUGAUAGCAAUGUUGGCGUUGGACCAGCUGUUGCUGCUACGAAGACAACCGACAAAGAGACGACGACUACUGCAGAGGCAAAGAAGACAACAACAACCGAGGAGGCUAAAGAGACAACCAAGGACGAUAAGACAACAUCCAAAGAAUCCGAAAAGAGUACUACUGAAGAUAAGAAGACAACCACCGAGGCUGAGAAGGCGAUAACCACGGCGGAGACUUCCAAGACCGAGCACAGCACCAUCACGACUGCUACUCAGGAUGCACAGACGGGUGCGACUCGAUCCACAUUCGUGACCUCGGCAACCCAGACCUCUACUGGGUCAGAUGCAGCUGGUGUUGGUUUGAGUGCAACAGAGACUGCAUCGCUUACAGAUUCAGCUGCAUCAACGUCAAAUACAGGUGCCAUUUCCUCCCAGUCCACAGGCAUGUCUUCUGGGGCCAAAGCGGGUGUUGCUAUCGGUGUCAUCCUGGGCGUGGGUGUGAUUGCAGCUCUGAUAUUCUUCUUCAUUCGAAAGAAGAGACGCAACAAUGGAGAUGAGCCGGUCAUGACAGAGAAACUUUUCACCGCUCAGGACCUUCCACCUCCUCCACCAAUGAAGGAAAUGGUUCCCUCAAGGGCUUCGACUCCUCCUCAACUCAAGGUUCGCCCGGUCACCCAAUUUGCACCCGAUCUAAGCAACAGCGCCUCGUUCAACCCCGCCAGUGCCGCAGCAGCAGGUGGUGUAGCGAUGGGAUCGGCCGCAAUCGCCACGCGCAAUCUUACUGAUAUCCCACCUCCUACGCCUCCCAAGACCGCAGGCAGUUCUUCGAAUCCAUUCACGGAUCCGGUUAAUCCCUUCAAUACUGGCAACGCACCCAUGACCGCUCAAUACAUGAAUUCUGCAUCUCCUCCUGGGUCCUCGGCAUCUAAUGCUGCGCCUGCACUGGUGCCAGCUGAAGGUGCUGCGCUUGGCGCUCUUGGAAUCGUCGGUGCCGCGGCGGUAGUAUCGCACGAAUCUAAUAAAGAGCCUUCUCAUGAGCCCGAACUUUCUCGCCAGCCUGAGCCAACGGAAUCCGAUGUUCGCCCACCUAAUUCGCCAAGUCCCGUUAGCAUUGACGGUGAAUCUGUUUCAUCGGCUGCUAUGGGCCCUGGUAGCAUUGCAGGAGGCGUUGCUCCAGCCCCAGCUAACGUACAUCGCGUGCAAAUGGAUUUCAACCCAUCUAUGGAAGAUGAGCUUGAACUUCGAGCUGGCACCCUAAUCCGCAUGCUUCAUGAAUACGACGAUGGAUGGGCUCUCUGCAUUCGCCUUGAUCGCUCCAAGCAAGGAGUUGCUCCUAGGUCCUGUCUAUCUGCUCGUCCUGUGAAACCUCGUCCUCGACCCCCAGCCGGUGGACCUCCCGGGCCUGGUCCGCGUGGCCCCCCUAUGAUGGGUCCAGGUCCAAAUGGCCGUUCUAUGUCCCCAGCAGGCCGUGGUCCACCAUCAGGUCGAUUCUAUCCCGGAGACGUACGCCCCAGAUCACCCAUAGGCCCUGGUUACGGCGGUCCACCCCCUCCACGUGCCUACCCCGGUCGUUCGAUGUCUUCUAGCCAGCUCCCUGGCCAAUUUCCCAUCCCUCGCGCUAUGAGUCCCGGGCCAAGAUCGAUGUCGCCGGGCCCGCGAUCCAUGUCACCAGGUCCAGGAAUGCGACCUGGACCUCGAUCAAUGUCUCCAGGUCCAGGCCCAUAUCCCAUGCCUCCUCGAUCAAUGAGUCCUGGUCCAUAUGGCGGAAUGCCACGACCUGCAAUGCCUGUUAACCAGCGUCAACGCAGCAACAGUGCUGGUAAUAUGUCUUCACCAUACAUUCCCGGCGUUCAAGUUGCUCCUCGGUCAAGUCCGCUAGCUGCAACAGGACCACCUGUCCCAGCUCCAAGGGGGAAUCUUCCUGCUCUUCCAAAUUCCAUACCGAACUCUCCAUCUGGAACUCAGAUUAGCAGGAAGCCCAUUGCGCCCUAA